AAACAAAAUCUGGAGGGACACGUUCCCGUGCCGCUGUCAACCGGGUCGGGACUUAAAAGAGAGGAUCCUACGGAGGCGAGGAGGCGUGAUAAAAGCAGCAAUGCCACUCUUUUGGGAGCGAGCAUUAAGAUCACGAGGACGCGGGGGAGGGGGUGUGAGAAAGCGAUCUGUGCUCUCUUGACGCUGUAAAUCACUUGGAGAGGAGCCUUUCUUAUAAAAGAGAGCGCGCAAGCAAGCAAGCAAGCCAGCGCAGGCGAGGAGAAAUAUAUAUAUAUAUUUCGGCAGCCCGCCCGCUCCACUUCUUCGCACCCACUCGCUUCCUGAACAGCGUACGUCACCGAAAGCUUCGGUUUGACGCGCCCGCCCUCCCCUUCCUCCUGGGCGUCCCUUCCUUCCCUCGUCGGCUUUGGGUGCCGAGAGGGAGGGACGGAAGAGGCGGCCAUCUUGGGCUCCGCUCGCUCGCUCUCUCGCUCGCCGGCGCUGUGCGCGUGUGUGUGAGAGGUGGGGGCGGGGGGGCGGGAGCGAGGCAGCGUCUGGGGCAGGGAGGGGCUGGCUGGCCGGGCUCCCUUUUGCGGAAGUGGGUGGCUUCGCUCCCCCAGAGUGGAAGGAAGGAGAGAGCGCGAGCCCAGCGGGGUCCUCCGCACCUUUCCCCCAGCGCCGUCUCGACCCGAAGGAGGAUGGCAGGGCGGCUCCCGGCCUGCGUGGUGGACUGUGGCACAGGGUGAGCGGCGGCGAGGAGAGAUUGAAUGGGCUACUUGCUACUGCUCUUAUUCUUAUUUUUUUUUUGGCAUUUCUUUGCAUUUCUUCUUUCUGUUGCUGCUUUUUCUGCUGCUGACAGUGUUGGAGAGGGCGGGGAAGGGAGCCAUUGAGCCUUGCGAUUCCCUUUCAUUCGGGGCUGUGAAUGCGGGUGGGAGUGGUAGCUUGCCUUUUCAUUUAAAAAAAAGCAAGGGGGGCGGCGGCGGCGGAAGGGACGUCGGUUCCACCCCCCCACCCCAGCGCCAGGCAUCUUUUAUCUGUCCUCCUCCCCACGCAUGUCUCCCCCUCCUCUCUCCCACCCACCCCCAGCCCUUCCCCUCUUACUGGUGCCUAUAUUAGCCUUCAACUUGUGAAAAGAUUAAGAGGAGAAAGGGUCAUGUGCAGGAAGGAAUGGGAGUGGGGAAGAGGUGGGGUCCCCCCCCUUCAUUUUCCUCUGACUGGCCUUUUCUGAGCAGGUUGCCCAAUGGCCCUCCUUCCUGCUUUUUUAAGCAUCCAGAACUGUGUGCCUUUGUGGGAGGGAGAGGGGAGUCACACCCUAAACAGCACAGCUUCCCUCACCUUCCCGUUUUUUAAAUAUGUGGGAUUGGCCCUUACUCAUUCCUUUAGAGGCGUCGGCCUUCUGUGGAAGUGGGGGUUGCAUUGUCUUCAUCAUAAAGUCGUUCAGGCUGCAAUUUGCCAGAGUUGUUUUUUUUAAAAAAUAUUAUUCAAUGUGUUGGUUGCAGCAGGGUGACCAAAUAUAUUGGCUCUCUUCUUCCAGACUGGGAACAGGCUAGCUUCUGAAAAUGGGCACUUAUAUAUCCUAAGAUCAGGAUUUUUUAAAAUUUUUACCCUCUUUGCUUCAGAGAGAACUCAUCCACCGUCAGUUCAUUUCAACGGCCUGGUUAGCUCUCUCAGGAAGCAGCGCUGCUUCAUUGCUUUCUGAAAGGAAAAUGCACUUUCAUAGAGCUUAGGCGCAGAGUCAAGAUCAGCAUAGAUCUUGUUUCUUUUAUCCUUAUUUCUUUUAAAUCCAGGCUGGGUGAUCUGUAAUUGUCUCCAAAUCUGAAUAUGCAUUUAUACUAUGUGGAUUAUUUAGAGUGGCAGUUUUGCUCAGCAGUGCCAUGAUUUUUCCAUAUGUGUCAUUUAUUCAGCCUUACUUCUCUCUGUGUGGGUGAAAAAAAAAAGAAAAAAGUCCACCCUCUCUUGUGAGCAAGCGCAGAGGAACUUCCUUAGUUUUGUCAAAGGCUCUUCCUUCUUUCAGGCUUUUAUACCUUAUAAGGCAGUUUUCAGUGUCAAACCUGAACCAAAUCUUUUUUAGAAACCGCUUUUCUUAUUUAGUAAUUGCCGGUUGGUGAUAAGAGAGAAAAAAGUAAUGCUUAAUACUUAAUGUGUGCCUGUAGAAAAGAGCUUUAUGGGAUAGUUGCAGAGAUUCUUUCUGCUGCUCUUUCCAGGAGGUGGUGAACAAAACGUUGGAGGUACAACUGCAGGAAGCAAAGGCUUCCUCAAAUAGAUACUUUGUAGCCUUCAUGCCAGUGCCUUAGGGGAACUGGGUUUGAGGGAAGUUCUCUUUUUGACCACCAUUUUCAGAUAACUGGAAUGGGGGCGGGGAACUGAGAUACUUUAGUGUGCAGAUCAUAUAUGCAGCCUCCAACACAGAAACUGUAACUUAACUGUAGAAUCAGUUGUCAUUCCACCAACUUUAACUCCUGUUUAAAAAAGAUGCCCAGUUACAAAUUUCCUUCAUUGUUUGGAAAAAAGGAUUUUAGAAUUUGAUCAAAUGUGCAGUUACAUAAUCUUUUAAAAUUGUGACCUUGUCUUUCAAUUUUAAAAGAGAAAAAGAUUGCGGGGGCGGGGCGGAACAUUUGAUUACGGGUUGUUCAUAUAAAUGGAGCAGAGUAUGUAAGAUUGACAGCAACACAUAUCUGACAGUUUUAAAAUUAAAUAUGUUAUAAACUCAUUGAAAUGCAUUUUGUACUCAUUGCAUUUGGGCUGUCACACUUACCUAGAACAUAUCCUGGUGUUGUGAUAAACUUAGAAUGCUUCUACAAAAUGCAAUACUUAAAAUGACAUGUAGGUUGCAGGUUCUGCUCUGCAAACUGUUUCUGAAGCUUUCAUUUUGUACUUGUAGAGGAGACCUCUUUGGGGCCUUGCUGUCAACUAUAGGCAUUCUUGAGUGUGAGUGUAAUAAAUGAGGAUAACUGCAAGAGGACAAGGGGACUUAAGUCCAGAUUCUACAAGGGGCUCUGCAAAUGAACACAUAACUGCCUCUUUGAUUGCAGAGCACAUCCUCUUUUAAUUUGGUAGCUAGCUAUUCCUUCCAUUUUUAUGUUGUGAUGUUUUACCGUGCGCAAACAAUUUGUGCCCUCUUCACCCCUCCCACAGGGAGGUAACAAACCAUUACUCCAGGUUUGGCAUUGUGUCUGAACCAGGGGCUGUGGUUUGUUUUGCUCACAGCACGAUGGAUAAAUCAAGCACAAGCAUUAGAUUAUUGUGACAGGUGUAGAAAGAAACAAACCACAAUCCCUGGUUCAAAUGUAGCACAGAGCCAGAAAUUGUGGUUGGUUUCCGCUUGUACUAGUGGGGAGGAGCUAAGAGUACAAUUUCAAUCCUAUACAGUAAGCCAUGGGGGCUUACCAUGAUGUGCAAAUGUGGCCAAUACGUUUGCAAAAUUCAGACUUCUAGGUGCCACCUUAAGAAAUGUGGAAAGCUCUGAAAGUUUAACAGGAUUUCCAAGUGUUCUUUAGUUGGUAUCACACUCUUUCACUAAUGCUGCUUUAAUAACAGUACUGAAGAGUAACCUUGCCAUGGACAACACAAUAUUAAUUUUUCUUCAAGGCCUUACGUGCCACAUGUGAAGAUGUGAAAGUCAAGGUGCACCCGAUGCAUUCUGCUCAUCCGUACUGUAUUAUAUAUGAGAUACCUCACUCUGCAUCUGUCUGCACUGUAAACAUGGAUGGGUUCCAGCCAGUGUGAACAGUUGGAGGCUCGAAUGGUGGGAGGAGUGGAGAUCUCAUUCAUUUUGCUUAUGUGCAGUGCUUUCAUAGAGUCAUAGAAUUGUAGAGUUGGAAAGUACCCUAGGAUAAUCUAGUCUAACCCCCCUGCAAUGCAGGAAUAGUCAGCUGUCCCAUAUGGGGACAUGCAACCUUGGCAUUAUCAGCACCAUGCUGUAUCCAACUGAGCUAUGCAGGCUGAAAUCUAAAAGUUUGCAGAAAACUCCCUAUAACAUAUGAAUGGUUCCUGGUCCUGGUUCCAAUUGUAAAGUGCUGUGCGCUGACUAGUACAGCUGCAGUUAAAGGUGACUCAUAGUAUCACGGAUGUACAGUGCAUCAGUGUGAUUCCCCCCAAAAACUUUCAGAAGUGCACAGGAGACAUACAGAAGUCCAAUUAUGCACUGGACAUUUACUACAGACUUGAAAUCUGGUUUCUGUUUAUUUGAUGCUCCUGGAUGUUUGGGGGGGGGACACAUUUUCCCUUUACUAUUUACUGCAGCAAAAGAUGGUGUUCCAAGUUGUAGGCAUUGGGAUCCUAGUGUCAGCUAAGUAAAUGUGUAUGCAAGUUCUUAAAAAAACUUGAAGCCUUAUUGUGUGACAGAAGUUAGAAUCCUGCUGACCUGAUGCAUGUGAUGGGUUAUGAAUGAAAAUUGCUCAGUUCAGAUAUCACACCAAACAACAAUUUGUACUAACUAUGGUUUGAGGUUUCAAAGCCAUGGUUUAAAUUUGCUCGUCUGCUCUUGUUUCUCAUUGCUUAGUGUACACAACUCUAUGGCAUAGCUACAGCUGUAACUAAUGUUGGUCAAUUCAGAUAUCACGCCAAAUUAUAUUUAGCAUAAACCAUGGUUUCUGAUUAUGGCUUAUUGCAAAAACAUGACCUGUCAGUUCAGACAUCUUGGUAAACCAUAACCAAUUUUUUUUUUCACUGAAGCAUGCAUAAUUUGGAAAACCAUACAUCUCUAAGUACAACACAGGUGCUUAGGUAAUCGGUUUUGAUUUGUGCAAUAACAUGUAUUUGUAUGGUCCAUCAGGAUGUCUUUUGCACACCACAUUAGUUCAGCUACUUACUCAUAGCAUGCUUAGGUCAUUGAUUAUACUGUGUGUUUUUAUUCUGAUUUUGCCUUUAGUAUUUGUAUUUGCAAAUGGAAGCAUCCCACCAGCUAUAUUGUUAAAUGUAGUUAGCAUCAAAUUGCUAUUAAAUGUUUCAGAUAGCAAGCCUAACCAUGUCUACUUAGAAGUAAGUCACAUUGAAUUCAGUGGGGCAUACACUUAGGUAAGUGGGCUUAGGAUUGCUGCCUUAGUUACUAUGCUGAUGUGUUUGGGACUAUGGGUUGUUGUUUUUUUUGUAGAAGAUUUCAGAAGUUGUAGCUUUUUCAGCAAGCCUUGUUAUUCUACUUAUUAAAACAUUUUAUAAAUUGAGUUAAAUAAGCUGCAGCAUAGUCCUGCGCCCUCAUACUGAUGCAUGAGUCCUACUGAUCUCAGUAUCACUCAAGUGCAUGUAAAUGAAACAGAAUUAUGACCUUUAUUAUUAAACAUAACAGAGACCUGUUUUUGCUGCAGAAGAAUGGGUUUUGGGUAUAUGUUUUAACUCUAAAAGGGCUGCUUGUUCUAUGCCUCUCCAAAGACCAGUUUCCCAUAUACAGUAGUAGUGAGUGUUGUGCUCCACCCAGCUUUAAAUUUGAAUUCAUACAACUCAGGAUGAUACUUUACAGCUAGGAGGAUCUUACUUUUUACGAGUGUAUGUGAAGUCUCUGAAAGAACAAUCCUACAUUUUGUCCAUGCUUUAGGUUUUUGUAAAGAAGUGUACAGUAAGCUACCAUAGGAAAGGUUUUCAUUUUUAGGCCUUGCAGUUAUAUUUCAAGCAGCAAUGUAAUUAUAUAGAGUCUAUUCCUAACAGGUGAUAUUGAAUUGCUAGAUCAGGGCUCAGAGAGAAGGUCAGGUAUUGAUUUUCAGACAGAAGUUUCCCCAUAGUCAAUUCUAAACGAGCAGAAGUGUAAACUUCUGUGUUUGAAAUUCUGUAGCUUAAUUGACACUCAGCCAAGAAGACACUGCUUUAUUUUUGUAGUCUCAUAUACUAAAAAAUGCAUACAGUAUGUAAAACAAAUAUUAAAAUGUUGGACACAUUAGACUUCUGUUUAUCUCCCUUCCCUUCCCAGAAACUCAUAAUUUUAGCUCAAUUCUUUACUGGAAACUUUAAAAAAAAACCAUUCGUAUGCAUCUCAAGGGUGAACAAACUAUUCUCCAAGUCAUGUUGAAUAUUUAUAUUGAAUGGGUUUAACCAUUACUUUUGUAGCUACGCUGAAAUUUAUUCCAAUGCUGAAUAUCAUUCUGCUCUGUAGUAAGAGCUGACCAUAUGCUGAACUCUUUGUUUCUUCAUGUUUGUUAUGAAUAACUGUUCUAGUCUAUGCCAGGCUUUUGUUUUUGGGAGUACUCAUGGUAGCAUAGUUUGACAGAAGGCCUUGGACACUUGUGAGGUGUGUUAGAUUAUAUUGAUUUAUAAGCUGUCUUCAGUAUUUUAAAAAAAUGUCUCAAGAGUUCUGUAAAUAAAGUAAAAAUUAAAUUUUCUUGCUUUUGUGUCGAUAUGGAAAGUGUGUUUGGCUUGCUAAGGGUUUGUUUUUUAAAAACUUACUCUGCCAAGGAAUAUUUAUAGUUUUCUAUAAAGUUGUAAGCUGACACAAGUUACUGUAACAGAAUAAUGGUCUUGGUUUUCUUCUAAAAAUACAAAUGUUUCAAACUGGUAUUUUGAGUAUAAAAGAAAAAGUAAUCAUGUAUCACCACCAUAGAAGUAAAAAACAAUCAAUCACCCACUUUAGUUACUGGAAUGACUCCAGUUUUAAAGUGCGUUAAAAACAAUGUGCUCAAAUGGAAAAAUAAAUUUAGUGGGUAUAGUUAUUCUAUACCUAUGGUAUAUCUGUAUAUUUACUUGGAUGAUAUGCCCAUAAAUGACAGUCAAUAUCUUUUGUGCUGUUCACCUGACAAGGCAGGUUCUCCUUUAGUAGUGUGUGGCGCUGUGGGUUAAACCAUAGAGCUUGCCGAUCAGAAGGUCGGCAGUUCGAAUCCCCGCGAUGGGGUGAGCUCCCGUUGUUCGAUCCCUGCUCCUGCCAACCUAGCAGUUCGAAAGCAUGUCAAAGUACAAGUAGAUAAAUAGGUACUGCUCCAGCGGGAAGGUAAACGGCGUUUCCGUGCACUGCUCUGGUUCGCCAGAAGCGGCUUAGUCAUGCUGGCCACAUGACCCGGAAGCUGUACGCCGGCUCCCUUGGCCAAUAAAACGAGAUGAGCGCCGCAACCCCAGAGUCGGCCACAACUGGACCUAAUGGUCAGGGGUACCUUUACCUUUACCUUUUAUGUUACCAUUUCCUGUCUGGAACUGUUAAUUUAAUCUCUUGCUUGGUAGUUUCCAUUUUGGUAUGAUUAGUUAUACAACAUUUAACAAGUACAGAUCUCAAGGGAUUUUGAUUAAGAACUGAAAGUGGGCUUCACACAUUACACAGUUGGUGUAUGACUCCCAUGUUCUCUUUAUGCAUGACUUGGGUAACAUCAAAAACAAAACUCAGCAUUGCUUCUGUGGGUUAUGACUGAGGUUGAUGACUGUCAUGUCCGCAGAGAGGAAAUACAAGUUGCUUGCACUUCCUCUUGUACAUUUCACAGAAAUGAGGGCAAAGUUAUUCUAAGAGAAAUUAACCAAUUGUAUUCUCAAGUGCAUUUUCAAUCUAUCUGUAUGUCUAGUUUUUCCCCCUUUUCAGUUUGCAGUUAACAACUUGACAGCAGGAAGAAUAAUAAUCACUUGUCAUUGGAAGAGUUCUGAAAUCCUUUCAGUAGGGGUAGGUGAUAGGAAUGUGUGGGAGGUUGUCGUUAUAGUGAAGCUGGCAAGUCAUGGGAGCUUCAAGGGGAAGGAGAAAUUAAUUCAGAGAGAUAUUGAUAACCCAUACAGAAUUUUGGAACACCAGAGGAACAGUCAUGAUUAAUGAGGAUACAGAAUUUUCCAAAAGAUAAGAAAAUAGAAUUGAAUAUCUAACUCCUAUAUGUAAUAGUAAGUAGGAAGGCAAUGUGGAAAUGAAGGUUGUUGGAGGGUUAGCUGGGAUAACAGUGGAAUACUGAUGAUGAUAGGGUUACUCAAAGACUUAUCAAAAUUGUUCUUGUGGAGUAUUAUAAUAUAACAUUGGAAGUCAAUACUUAAAAAGUAUAAUUCAAAACCGAACUGUCUACCAGAUUUUUCUAGAUUCACAUUUAAAGUUUGCAUACGAGAAGCAUUUGGUGUGAAAUGUAGAAGUGAAAUUCAGUUUGCGUAGGUUUUGUAAGAUUAUUUCAGUUACCUGAAGUUUUUUCUUCUCAGACCAUGGCUGAGCACCAGUCCUACCCCUCUCUGGUCUUCUUUCACACUCCAUGUGCAUUUUUGCUUGGCUCUUGAUGCUCGAUAAUGACUUGCCUCAAUGGAGGAAAGAGGUGUAUGUAGACGUUAGUCCAUAGUAUAAAGAUAAAAUUUGCAUACAUUGCUCCACCCACUUUAACCUAUGUCUCCUACCUACCAGUAGUAUAUGGCCCUCAUAAGGUUUCCCAGAAAGGAAUGUGGCCCUUGGGGGGGGUUCUCAGCCUCUGUACAUAGUUGGUGUCUGGUAGUUGACUUACAUAGUCUGGUUAUCUUGUAUAGUUGUUUUGAGAAGGUUGUGCUCUAGUAAAUAGCACUAGGUGUUAUUAGUGACAUAAGUGUCGAGCAACUAACCUUCUACUCCUAGAAAUUCCAAGAUAUAAUACAAGUUUCAUCUCAUUUUGCUUUAUGAAGAAUUUGUGAAGGUGCUAAGUGUUUUCAGGUCCCUGAAAAUACACACAGGUCCUGCUUUACAAACACAAAUUCACUUAUCCAAACACAAGGAAAUAGUACCCAAACCUUUCUCAGGAACGCAUUAGAAAUUUCCCCAUAGGAAUAAAUGGAAAUCAUUGAUUCGUUAUGUGAACACUUGCCUAACUUGCCAUUUCCAGGGAACACUUGCCAUUUCCAGGGAAUAUGUUGUGGUCUGUAAAACAGGACCUGCGUAUAAAACUGAAAGCAGGUUAUUUGAGUUAGAUCUUAACAUAUGGGCAGGACUAUAUGGGUGCAACCAGAAGAGAUCUUAAAAUGUGCAGUUCAGUUAUGAAUUGUGAGGAUACUUAAGAGUUGUAAAGUCACUGAAAAUAAGAUGAAUUUAAGAAACUGGAAGAGUGAUGUAAUGAGCGACGUCUUGAAUAACAACUUGGGUUCUAAUUUCUGCUUGGCUACCUCUUGGGGGAGCUUGGAUCCAGUUACUCUCUCAGCCUAACCUACCUCACAGGGUUGAUGUGAGCACAGAAGUGAGGAAUGGAGAGAAAACAGUGGAAGCUUCUAUUAAUCAUGCUGGCUGAGUCUGAUGGGAAUUGUAGUCCAAAAGCAUCUGGAGGCCACAAGGUUGGUAAAGGCUAGCAUAUAUCAUAAAGAAGUCAUCCUUCCAAAAGUCUGCUGUAGUAAGUGAUAUAAGUACAGUACUUAACACCUUUUAGGGACAACUUUGUUUGCAAGAAGCAUUGAAAAUAAACUGGAGUAGUUUUGUACCCCAAUUGUUUACACUCAGCAUAUGCAAAUGUUAAUUUCUUCCCUGGAGUGUAUUUUUAUUUGCAGAAUGUAAAUAGUAAAUUGUGUGUUGCUAUACUUUGUUUAUCCAACUAACAGAUGACAGUGUAUUAAAGUACAAAGUUACAGAACCCAUCCCUCACAAAUUCUUGCAAGAGAGAUGCCCCAAUGCAAUUGCUGUCUGUGUCGAAAUUUAAAAAGUAAACAAAUCACCAAUGCAUUCUAACACACAGUAGCAUUUUUUGUAUUGACAGUUGCCAGUUGGUUAUGCUAACCUUUAUUUCUGUAUGUAUAGAAACUUGAGUCUAAUGGUUCCACAUGUAUUUCAGUUCAGCAGAUCUGAAUGGAGGACCCUAUUUCCGUAUGUGGAAAUGCAUGCAUGUUGCCGCCUUUGAACUAUUAGGAGAAAAUGUGGUAUACAAAUACAAUGGAAUUACAGUGAUACCUCUGGUUACGUACUUAAUUCGUUCCAGAGGUCCGUUCUUAACCUGAAACUGUUCUUAACCUGAAGACCACUUUAGCUAAUAGGGCCUGAAGCAAAGUUCUUAACCUGAGGUACUAUUUCUGGGUUAGCGUAGUCUGUAACCUGAAGCGUACGUAACCCGAGGUACCACUGUAUUUUUAUGGUUGGAACUAUCUAAGCUCUGUAGAUGUUGUUUUCAUGAUCCAUUUUCAACCUUUUUUCAGAGUUACUACAGAGUACUCCAGAAUCCUUAAUUUUAGUUGGGUUUUUAAAAUGUGUAUGCCUUUUCCUUGUGAUGGCAUUACAGUGAAAUUGAGUGAGCAAUAGUUUCAUUUUACCUUUGCCACCCACAUUUAGUGUUAGUUGUGUCAUUACAUAUUUUUUCCUCCAAUGUUUUCUUCUAAAGAACUAUGACAGUAGUACAACUCAGGAUAGUAAUACAUUCACAUUUGAGUAUUACAGUAUUUAUUUUUCACAGAAAAACUGAAUAGAUUUUGAGAACUCUACCAUUUUAGCAUUAGUGUGUGCAAAUGGUAAUAGGAUUUCAGCCUCAAUGAAUUUUCAGGAAACUAUCAUUGCAGGUCUCACUGUAACGACAAUUAUGUUUUCACAUACCUAUUAGUUAGCAAAGUAUGUGCCAAACAAUGACUCCUUAAACUUUACAAAUUUGUGCUGUGAAAUAUGACUACCCUGAACUCUAUUAGUUUCAGAAUUCUUUAGAAAAAACAAGUGUUGCUUCUCCCAGUGCAAGUUACUUGAUUCUUCACUCUUAAAAAGAGUGUGUGUUCGCAUUAACAAAUUGAUGAUUGUUAAAGUACAGUGGUACCUCGGGUUACAUACGCUUCAGGUUACAGACUCCGCUAACCCAGAAAUAGUGCUUCGGGUUAAGAACUUUGCUUCAGGAUGAGAACAGAAAUCGUGCUUUGGUGGUGAGGCGGCAGCAGGAGGCCCCAUUAGCUAAAGUGGUGCUUCAGGUUAAGAACAGUUUCAGGUUAAGAAUGGACCUCCAGAACGAAUUAAGUACUUAACCCGAGGUACCACUGUAUAUUGAAGGCGAAACACCCACAAUAUGAUUUCUCCUGUUUUGCAUGCUCCUGGCUGUUAGGAUACUGUGACAGUGGUUUUUCCUCUAUCUGAGUCAGCUUGAGUGUGUGAAGAGAAUAUAGCUACAAUGCAUCCCAUAUGUGCUUUAGCUGCUCAGUGUUUGCUGCACUUAUAACAUGUGAGCAGUUAAAAAACAACCCUCUUGAACAGGGGUCAGCAAACUUUUUCAGCAGGGGGCUGGUCCACUGUCCCUCAGACCUUGUGGGGGGCCAGACUAUAUUUUGAAGAAAAAAAUGAAUGAAUUCCUAUGCCCCACAAAUAACCCAGAGAUGCAUUUUAAAUAAAAGCACACAUUCUACUCAUGUGAAAACACCAGGCAGGCCCCACACAACCCAGAGAUGCAUUUUAAAUAAAAGGACACAUUCUACUCAUGUAAAAACACGCUGGUUCCCGGACCAUCCAUGGGCUGGAAUUAGAAGGCGAUUGGGCCGGAUCCGGCCCCUGGGCCUUAGUUUGCCUACCCAUGGUUUAAGAUAAUGGCACUUAGCUAUGUUAUAGGACAGAAAUUAACCUAAUUAUGAUUGCCUUGUUCAGAUUAUUAUUUAUGCCCAUCAACAGUUUAGGAAAGUGAUUUCUAAGUUUAUAUUUUUCAUAUAUAUAAUGUUUCACCAGCUAUUCAUUACAUCGCUGGAAAUAUUUAUAAUAUAGAUAGCCAAGGGCCUAUCAGCAUAAGCAACAGCAAAUACUGUUAAAACAUUUCAGUAUUCAGUCUUGUAUUCCCCACCUGUUUCCCCAACAAUUGCUUUUCCUUUCUGCUUCCAUUCCCUUUGCUUAUCGUGCUUCUUAUUGACACUGUCUGAUCCAUGUAGGCAUGAGUUGCUCUUCAAAGGGAGUCAGCUGCAUGAUUUGGAAGGCCCUGUGCUAAUCAGAGCAGCUGAUCAAUGGCAGCCAGAAACGCUAUCGGCAAGAGACACAGUGCUAGUAAUGGUGACAGAAUGACAAUCAGGAGUCAAAUUCAACCAACAGAAGACCUGUCAUACUGAGGGUCAUAAGCUAGUUAUAAAAUAUAUGUGUUUAAAAGAAGCAAAGCAAAUAUCUACUGCCACAAUAAUUACUGGGCUGAGUGAACUGGCCUGUGGGCUGUCUGCCUAGAGUUUCCUCUAUUCCCUGUUCCUUUUAUAGACUAACAAAGGAUUUUUUGUCUGCAACUUUGAAGUAUCAGGUUUUUUUUCCAGCUUCAACACUACUGACAAAUGGCAAUUCAAACAGUUUUAGUUCCUUGCUGUUUUCAGGCAUCAGGGUUUAGCUAUUCUUUCAACUUCAAGAGGAAAAGUGCAGGUACAGAAACUGAAAGUUGAUAUUGAUCAACAUGUGCCAUGGCCAAAAAUAAUGAAUGAGAAAGUUAAGGGCUGCAAUACCAUUUCUGUUAAGAUCAUAAGAAGAGUUCUGCUUUGGCCUUCUACCAAAGGCCCAUCUAAUCUAGCAUCCUGUUCCCAGUUUUCUUGACCUGGUGAAUUAUACCAGCUUGCUCUGUGUAUGCACUUCAUGCCAGUUUUUCCUCCUAGCGAUUCUUGGAUAAUAAACAUUUGAUUUUGAAUCAUAUUGGCUUGUAUCCAACAAAACCGUAUUAGGAGUACAUUAAUUAAAGUUUAUUAAUUGGAAUGGGUCUACUUAGUUGCAUACAUCCCAUUCAUUUUAACUCACUUCAUCCUAUAGCAUUUGUGCUAUCAAAUGUUCAUUACAUUUUGUUCUACCUUUACAGCCAGAAUUAAAUUAGUCACUAUUCUCCAGUAUAGCCAUCUAAUUGCUUGUUUAAUGUGUUAACUCCCUACUGUAUAGAGAGCAAGAGCCAUAUUUUAAGCACAUAUUUUCCCAAUAGGAAUGAUCUGACUCUCUCUUUUUUUGGAACUUGAAAAGCUUAGCAAGACUAUAAACAGGAAUUGGUAGCUAGCAUAAUUUCAUUGUCUGGUUCAUUAAUGAUUUCUCUUCCAUUUUAUGUCAGUAGGUUUAAUACUGAUUUGUAUGUACUAAUCUCAUAUUGCAGAAGGGUACUGGAGAUACCUUAUUUGUGAAAAUAACUCAUGUCUCAGAGUGGGCUAAAUAGUAUACAACAAGCAUCCCUCUGUAGGCUUCCAAAGGACUAUGCAAAUAUAAAUAUAAUCAUUUUACUUGGUAUGUCUUAUAGUAAUUAUGAAUUCACCUAAAAGUUGCAUUGCUAAGAGAAUCUGGAAUUGGUGAUACUGCUAAUACCAAGGUCUGCUAAAUAAUAAUUACUGUUUCCUACUGUAAACUGAACUGAAAUUGGGGUGUGUCUCAUUAUUCCCUGAGUCAUGAAUGAGUUGCAUCUUGCUUUGCAUUCUUUGUAUUACUGCAUUCCUAAACUAGGUUUGCCUACAUUGUUACUGAAUAAAAAUACUGAGAGUAGGUUUGAUACAGUUUGAGAUUUUCUCCCCACUGUUUAAACAUGGAAUUAGAAAUCUUUUAAAGUAUCAAGAUUUGUUUAUUUCCCCCCCUUGUUAUAUUUGUCCUUGUUUCACACUAUGAACUGAUGAUCCACCUUGUUAUUGUGGUAUUGAAAUUACCCUGCUGAAGAUGAGAUUUAGCUCUUCGAACAAGAAUUAGAGUAGUAGUGUAGGCUCAGAACUGAAUGGCCAGAGUGCCUGCCAAUUAUCUUAUUUAUUUUCAUGACUCAUUCUUCUGCAUUUUUGCUAAAGUAGCAAUGAAUAUUUUUAGAUUUGCUGAGUUGUACUGUUUGAGCUUAGACUUACUGGAAGUACAUCUUAGUAUUUUCCUUCCAGUCAGGAUGUGUUUUUAUGCUGUGGAUCAUUGCCUACAUAAGCUAUUAAGCACUCUUUUACAUCUUGGUCUUCUGUUUUUGGUUUUCCUGAGCGUACGUUUUUAAAAUGCUAGGAUAUUGCUUCACCUAUGUUCUUUCAUUGAAUUCUGUACUCUUGCACUAACAGGCUAAUCCUGUGCAUGGUUCCUUGUAUAUAGGCUUUGUUUUGUUCAGUGGCACUUAUUCCCAAAUAGAGGACUAUAUCCAAAAUGUACAGUGUCUUAGAAUAUGUUCAAAACUUAUAUUCUUAGUAAGAAUGUACAUAGAUUAUUCUUUUGUGAGUGGCUUUGGAAUCAGAAGGCAUUUGUUUUAUUGGAAGUUAUUUUAUUGCUCAAUACAAAGUAUGACACAUCACAUCAGUGCUAAAACAAUGAAUGGCAUUAAGGUCUUUCUAUUCCCAGUCUGUCACUUAUGAGCUUCUGUACUUGGAAAUGUGUUUGGGAUGCUGUGCCCUGAAAAUGCAGCAAGAAAUAGCAAUUUUAAUAGGACCUUAAUGCUAGUUCUUCUCAAAGGGCUCACUCAUGAGAGAUGUUACAGAAAGUCUGCAUGAGAAAGAAAUGAGACAGAAAUUGGUUGGAUGAUCAUUUUGCAUGUGCUUUGUCAUAAAAAGGGCUAUAAAAUGCUUCAUCUGCAGCAUUUUUGGUUAUCAGAGGCUGGUUAUGAAAAUCCAGUAUUAAUCCACAAACGUCUGAUGUUCCAGAUCACUACAGCACAAGCAUAUGAAAAUUGGAAGAAAUGGCUGUUGCUCAGCUUUAUCUAUGCAUUUAUUAAGAUAAAGGGCGGAGAAGCCAUUUUAUUAUUUUCCAUGUUGUUGCUGAGCAAGAGAAAGCUGGGAAUACCUGGGAAAUCCUCUCUAUAACAACAAAUGAAUGGCCUUAUUUCUUCCUGUUAUCUUGACCCAUAAAGCACUUCCUUCUUUUGGCCUUAUAAUCACUAUUCUCUUGUGUCCCAUAUCUCUUACGUGUAACCACCUGCCCAUAUCAUAGUCUCAUAUAAUGCCCCUCAUAACCCUUCCCUAUUUGCCUUGUUCCCUAUUAUCAUUCAGCGUACUUUAUCUUUUGUCCCCUAGACAAUUCUUGUCAUUCUCUUCCCCUGCAUCUCAGUCCUAGGGAGUCUCAUGUUCUAUUUUUUCACCUCUGUACUCCCACGCAGAAUGUACUCGAACUGUAUUUCAAAUUCUGGCUGUCUUGGAGAAAACUGAUAAUUUAUAUUCAUUUUGAUCAAUUUUCCAGACUGGUUACAGGAUUGAAACAGCCUUGGUCACCCUGGCGGAUGACUUAUGCUGAGAAUGGAUUGGGGAUGUGGAGGGUGACCCUCUUGGGGGCUUUCCGUACCAUAGACCAGAGGUUUUCAACCUUUCUGAGUCCACAGCUCCCUUGACCAACUACAUUCUUUCUGAGGCACCCCUGUGGGACUCAGGAACCCAGUUGUGUCACCCCUUGCCUGCAGAGCCGGCAGCCUCUCACUCUUUUUAAAACGUGCUCCCUUAUGGAUGGUUCCUUCAGCUUCCUCUCCCCUCUCCUAGGGAGUCCUCUGGGCAGCCACACUGGCUGCCACUGGUCUCUCAGCCCCCCCCCGCCUGCCCCAAAGGGAGGUGGCUCCUCACUCUGCCCACAGGGGCCUGGGAAGCACCCGCUGGCCAGCCCCAGAGGCACCAUUCACCUGGGGAGCUUAUAGCCAGGGCUGCUGCAACGAACAUCUGUGCAGGCCUUUGGGAGGCAGAGAUGCGAGAGGGCAUCAGAGGAGGUAGGGAGGGAAGGAAGGAAGGAAGGAGAGACAGAGGCCAGUGUUGCCCGAGGCACCCCUGACUAUCAUUCAAGGCACCCCAGGGUGCCAUGAUACACAGGUUGAAAACCACUGCCAUAGACCCUUGUAUUCUUUUGUGUCGUCUUGCUAGGCUGGGCUUGGAUGGCAGUUUUGAUCUGGCUUCAGUCCAUUCUGAUCAGAUAUACUCAGCUGGUGAUGCUGUUGUGACUUUUGUAACACCUCAUACCUUUUGACUCCUGUGGUGCUGCAGUGUUCCAUUCUGCCCCCCGUGCAUCUUACCUUUUGUGUUAAACUUCUAGGUGAAGUCAUCCAUAACCAAUUUUCUAUAACACUUUAUUUUUGAAAAAGUUUCUCAGUUGAAUUACAGCAGAGACCCAACUGUUUCACAUUUUACCUACUAAUCCUAGAAAGUUUGUAGAACUCUUGAGCAGGUAUCUGAAGACAGUCUUGAUAUAGAUGACUGUGAACAAACUGAAAUUUAAUCCAUUAGUUUGUAAAAUUCUAUUCUAUUCCUAACGUUGGUAGGAGCUUUUUGUGUUAAAAGCUAUUUUAACACAUCUUGCUGCUUAGAUAGGAAGAUAGGUCAGAUGUCUUAAAGAAUAUCUCAAAAUUUUACUCUUUAACCUGUUGCAUCCUUAACUCUACAUGACAGGGUGUGUAGGGUCUCCUUGUUCCAUGCACUAGGAAUGAUUUUUCUCAAACUUGAGUAAUGCCAGCCAUAAGCUUGUUGCAGUGAUUACAAUACAAUGAAGUUCAUUUUCUUGUCUGGCUGUUACAGAAUUUAUCAUUCCUGAUAAGCAGCACCCAUUCUAAUCUGGACUUGGGCCAGUCUGGAGCACAGACUUUUGUUUGGUCUAAACUGUAUUUCUGCCUCUGCCUAAAAGUAAAUAAGGUGAAAAGGGAGUAAAGCUCCUUUUCGUUAGUGUGAAUGUAUCUAAAGAAAAAUAUUUCCAAGAUCUUAGCAUGUGAAAUCUUGUCAGUUUUAACAUAUAAUCCGGCAAAUAUUGGUGUGGUUCAGACACACUCACAGUGUAGAGUCUAUUCGUGGUGGCAGAACAAGACACCUUCCCAACUAAUAGCUGUGUCUAACCUCUUGACCUGCAAGGCACCCACACCUUAGGUACUAUAUUCAUAGAGACUAUACUUGGAAAGUCCAUUGCACUUGGCCUCAAUCAUGGUAAUUGUUAACCCUCACCUGGAUUGAGUUGUUCACAUAUGUUGGGUAUGAAGAUAAAUUUGGUCUAAAUCAUGGACAAUCAGUUGAGCUUCAGUCUGGCUUACCAUGUGACCAGUUUCAUUUAUGUGAUGCUUGGCGACAUCUGCUGUAGUUUUCUGAUACUUAUGCAGGUUAUUUGGGGAUAGAGAUAAUAAUAUUAAGAGUUAGUAAGUAGGGCUGUGGGAUAAAGGCAGAGUAGCAUAAGGAGAACAUAAACAUGAACAUAAGCCAGUUACAUUAAUUCACGGAGCUGGGGUAAUGCUUUAUGAGACCUUGAUCUGGACAGCUUUGGGGGCAAAUUCCCUGUUGUUUUAGAGUCAUGUUGUAAUAAAGCUCCUGUGACUCUUCUGCUGGGAGCACAAGCAGCUGAAUUGAUAGUUCUUCUCUUCUCCCACUCCAUUUCCAUGUGAAUGCCUUCUGUGCUGGAUGCACUGCAAUGGACUUUGUUGGACUGCAGGUAUCUGUUAGCUUUUACUUACCAAAAAGUGACAACCAACUAGUAGUCGGACUACCUGUAUUGAAGUCCCAUAUCUGUGACGAAUUCAUUAUGUGAGUCUAGGUGAGUCCAACACCCUUCAAUGGAGGAAUCUCAACACACAUUCCUACAUCUAAUUUGAAACCAUACCGGACCCUGAUCAGCUUUGCAAAUGUGCUAUAGCAGAGGCUCAGUAUCCAUUCCCAUAUAUAAAAAUGCACAUUAGCAGCAGCUUUUCUCAUGGUGCUUUUGUGAACCGGACCAAGAAAGGGGUUGCAAAGCUUUAGCUGAAUUAAAAUGCAUAGCAUAGCAAUAUCUAAUAAUUGCUACAUUCAUUUUUUAAAAAUCUAGUAUUGAAACAUACUCUAAAUCACAAGCAUUGUUUGCUUGAGUUAAUAUUGUAUUUCUUACUAAUGUUUAUGAUGAGUUUAUGGGUUAUUUCCCAGGUUACUGAAUUCUAUAAAUAUUCCACUAGGUUUGCAUCAUGAUGCUUUAAAUUGAAUUUUAACAAAUUUGAUGGAGAAGUAUGAGUUACCUUAGUUAAACACAAUUGAAUAGCAUUUUUGAAAACAGGAUUUUUAUUUAGAAGCAGUUUCUGCGCACUGCCUGGAGUAAAUGGCACAUACUGAAAAACACGAGGGAUCCUGUUGUGAUUUUUAUUCUAUUUUUUACCUAGCAGACAACAUGCGUGAUCCUGUUGUAGAUUAUCUUCUUUCUCCAUUUCUAAGGUCCAGCUCUCCCCUCUGGACUGGUGCUGUACUGAUAUUUUAAGCAGUCAGUGGUGCUGUGUGUAGCGCAGUUGUUCCCCAAAAGGAUAUUUUGGGUGUUCCAACAGUAACAAAGCUCCUGCUUGCAUUAUUUGAAGGACUAAAAGCUAUAGUAGAUACUAUAUUUUUAAAAUAAGCAGCAGUUUAUAAUCUAAAAAAGUAUAGGAUAUGGAGAAGAGGAAAAGAAGCAAGGCAUAAAGUACAUGUCAUUGAUUGCCAGAUGGUGAAGGCAAAUUGGAUUCUGGUAAGUGCAACGCACGGAGGCAUUUUAAAGACCUUUAAAAAGCCUUUGCCUUUGAUAGGAAAUAAAGGCAAAUGUGUGAAGGAAAAGCAAUUAGUUGUGCACCAUUUGCAAAAGAGCAAAAGUGAAAAAUUUAGAGAGCUGAGGUUUGAUGCAGAGACGAGAGGCAGAGGGAGAACAAGUUGUUAAAUUUGUGCGUGGUUGCCAGGCAUUGCUUUGCUGUAUGUUAAAGUACUAAGUACAGUGUGAUCACUUAGAUGUGAGUACAUGAAGUGGCUAUGAUUCAGUAAAAUAUGGCUAAUUGCUUAUGAUCUACAAUAGCUCAUUCCACAUACACUUCUUUACAGCACACACCACCUAAGUCCUGUGAAAUGCUAAAAAUGGUAUUUUAAGAUUAAAUAUUAAAAUCCUCAAGGAAGCCUUAUUGUCUUAUAAGCCAACAUUGUCUUAUAAAUAUGGACUGCAACACUGAAACUCUUGACUUGAAUGGUGAUAUUUGUUCUUCAUGGGAGGCAAGAUAAUUGCAUUCCUUAAUUAACAGAGUAAAGCUGCAAUUCUAGAAAUGUGCAUAGAACUAGAUGGGUUUUGAAACUUGUAGCUAAGCUGAUCACCUCAUUUAGCAAGGGAAACAAAUUCUAAAUGAAGAAGCUGCUAGCCUUUUCAGCUACUUUACUAGCUGCAGCGAAACUCAUAAAAACAUGGUGGUUUUGCAUGCAUGUAUCUUGAACCUUUGCCUUUGCUGUUUAGGAUUUCUGCCUAGAACAAUAAUAUUGCAUUGAGCAGUCCAUCUUCAUAAUUCAUGUGGAUUAAGGGUUGAAUAAUAUAGCUUUGGCAUCAUGGUUAUCAAGAAAGCAGUUAUGUUUCAGGUAUUCAAAUCCUCAAAUUGGUCUGGUGUUUUAAGUGGUAAAAAUUCACAGUAAGAGUCAUCAGUGAUGGGAUAUCAGUGGGAAUAUUUUUGUGAAUCAGUAUCUGUUUUUAUGACAUUGGUUUGUAAGUGCUGCCUUUCGUUUGGUGACUGGUAACGUAACCUAUUACUGUUUCUUGACCUUUACAGGUAUACCAAACUGGGAUAUGCUGGUAAUACAGAGCCACAGUUCAUCAUUCCAUCAUGUAAGUUUUAUGUUUGUGAUCAGUUUAUAUUUGUGUUCAAAGAUAUAUCCAGUUCUUAGUUUCAAGAAUAGGUGUAUAUUUUUAAAUGCUUUUUUCCUCACAGUAAACAUUGCAGCCGCUUUGUUUCUCCUGUAGUCAUUCUGCUACUGUGCUACGUGGAACUAAGCCAUGGUUAUAUCUGAACCUGGGCUUGUGGUUUGUCUCAUCCACAAACCAUGAGAUGUAAGUUUUUUAAGUUAUGGGUAUAAUGGCAGCAAGACAACCAAGAAAGGAGUGAAAUGGUUGUGAUGUUUACUAUGAGUACCUACACACUUGUGCAUUAAUGUUUAGCCAUGGUGUGGUUUAGCAUUAUGUAUACAACUGAUACAAUGUCUGAUGCAAAUUACUGUGUAGUUUUCAAAUCAUUCUUGAAGAACAAACUCCAGAAUAGCGAAAGAUAUUCUAAUUAGACUCUAGCACUGCAGUGCUGAGUCUUGGAGGAUCUUUCCCCAGCUCUUCUGUUUCUUGGCUGCCCUAGAUUAGCAAGUGCUGCUGGCUCCUCUUGCUUUGUGUGCCUUAUUCUUUCUAUGUGUCCUGUGAAAUUCAAGUCUAUUCAUGGGAAAACUGUUACGGAACUCUCAUAUGAUCAGUAGAUGCUCUUUUUCAACUUUGGGUCUGCAGAUGUUGCUUGGGAUGAUGGGAGUUGCAGUCCAACAACAUCUGGGGACCCGAGGUUGAGAGAGGCUGCUCUCAAGAAAGAAAACUCACACCAAUUUAUUAUUUCUGCCUGAAAGGAACUGCUGCUCAAGGGGCUAUAAUAUCAGCUGAUGAAAUGAAAACAUCUAUUGCUCUUCCAUCCCCAAAGGCCAAGUUCAUGAAUAAUUAUACUAAGUGCAAUUGCUUGUUGUAAUUCAUGCUCCAGAAUAGGAUUAUCUUUAUUAGAAAAGUACUGAUUUUUAAUACUAAUUUAAACAAUCCCGGGCCGCUUUGAAAAUGAGAAUAUAAACUUGUUCUCGUCAUUUUUCUGUAUCAUGGGAGAAGGCUUGUGGAACCUAGUCUUUCAGCAGGACCGAUGGAGAGUCCUUGCAUUAUCUUUUCUCCUUCGAUAGCCUGGUUGGAAUGGCUGCUGAUAGUUAGAAAUAAAAACCUGGGGAUUGGGUGGAGGGAGUCCUUUAUUUAGUACAUUUAUAUGCUGCCCAUCUAGCCAAGUUCUUCAUGUUCAUUAUAGCUUGUAGUAUCCUGAAGGGUGGCAUUGCUGGCAUCCUUCAUAAGGAAUGAUGGUGCACUGCAACUUGUAACAUCUACAUUAGACAUAUAGUUUUGCAUAAAUAUCUCACAUAAUUGUGGAUUUUUUUUUACUGCAGAGAUAGGCUUUUUAACAGGUAGAAGGAGGUUGAGGUAAUCAAUGUGGUAAAAAGAGCUUUCAGAAAUUUAGCUAUGCCUUUUCUUGCUUUCUUUGCUAAUGCUGGAGGAAACUAUUAGUCAUAUUUAUAUUCAGGUCCUCCCCCCUUAAUUCAUGAUGGUGUGAUAUGGCUCAAAAUGCCAUUGAUUGAUUGAUCUUUACAGUACUGAACACAUUUGCAUUUGUGAUAAACUAUUCCGAAGAAGCUGUCACUGAAUUUUCUUUUAAAGAUUUUCAACUAGAGACUUAAUCAGUGUGCACACUAAUGCCCAAUGCAGUACAAACACAACUUUAUUUGUUUUUAAAGUGUUUAAUUCUUGCAGCACACAAAUCCAAGACAACCACUUUCUUGCCGGCACAACUCCCAUCUUUUUCUACCCAGACGUAAUUUCCAGGGCACUGCUUUUCUAGGGCGCUGUUUUUCCUCUUGCUCUGAAGUUGCCCAAAAUAAUUCCACUACAUCUUAAAUUUGGACAAGGGCAAAAUUAUUAAGUGGAGUUUGGAAAGGCUUUUGGCAUUGUUUCCCACCCCAUCCCCUACCUAAGAUCUGUUGCUUCCUCAAGUUGUGACGGUGAUAUCUAAUAAAACUGAAUUGAAAUGACUGAAGGUCUUAGGAUACCUAAAAGCAAAAAGCUAACAAACAAAACUUUCUGGCCAGUGCUAUUGGUACAGUACCUCAAUUUUCUAUUAUAACACUUCUGCUUAUUCAGUAAAAAUGUACAUUUAGAACUAAAAUGAGAGAUUUGCAGAGGAAUGCGCUGAGAGAUUAAUGCUAUGUGGUAGAAAAGGAGACCAUGAGAAACCAAAUGAGAAAAGGGAUGAGAAACUAAAUGAGAAAAGGGAAGCUGUAGAAAUGUAAUAAAAUUCCAGUAACUUAUUGCGUAGGAAUGGAGACAUAUAACUGCAAUGAGGGUACAUGCAGUAAAUGGUACAGAGUUCCUUCCUUGGUGCUAUAGAAUUGGAGAUUUCCUGAUAGAUUUAUGUGGCAGAAGCACACUGCACCUACAGAUUACUUUCCUUGUGGGUGUCUUGAAGUCUAUUCCUCGAAGUCAUUUGAAAUGUAUCUAUUUAGAAAGUUAGAUUGUGUACCCACUAAAUGAAUAACUUCCUCCUUGGCAGUACUUGCAACAAAAUGAAUAUCGCUUUGAAAGUUUAGGAUACAUAUCUGUCUCGGCUGACUGCAACUCUCUCCCCCCCUCCCUACAUUUAAGGUAUCGCUAUCAAGGAAUCUGCCAAGGUUGUCGAUCAAGCACAGAGAAGGGUUAUGAAAGGUGUGGAUGACCUAGACUUCUUUAUUGGGGAUGAAGCAAUAGAAAAACCAACAUAUGCAACAAAGGUAUUUACAACUAGAACUUUUGCUACUUUUUAAUAAAAAAGAAACCACACAACCAAUUUACCCUGCCGUAGAGAUUUGCCUGCUCAUUACAGAGGUUGUUUUAUAGAAUGAUAAUGCAUAAAGUACCAUAAAACAGUGAUAACGUUGCAACUCGCAAGUCUCUGGUUGGAAUGAAUAAAAUAUUUUGUGGUUAUAAGAUUGCAAGUUUAUUUAAUACAUUUCUGUCCUGGUAGUUGAGCCAAUAUCUCAGAGCAAUAUUUUAGAGAAUGAAGAAGCUUGUGUUAUCCUCAGGAAUGUACAGUGGUACCUCGGGUUAAGUACUUAAUUCGUUCCGGAGGUCCGUACUUAACCUGAAACAGUUCUUAACCUGAAGCACUACUUUAGCUAAUGGGGCCUUCUGCUGCUGCCGCGCCACGGGAGCACAAUUUCUGUUCUCAUCCUGAAGCAAAGUUCUUAACCUGAAGCACUAUUUCUGGGUUAGCAGAGUCUGUAACCUGAAGCGUAUGUAACCUGAAGCAUAUGUAACCCGAGGUACCACUGUAAUUCUAAAGUUUGGAAGUCACGGCAGAGAAGGGCCAUCACUUGGGUCACAGCCAUCUCACGGAAGAAAUGGUCCCCUGGUCACAUUCUGUGAUUACACUGCCACAUUGGCAGUGUUCAAGUCACUAGAAAAAACGUAGCCAAAUGUCAUAACUCAGAACCAGCAUGAAACAUUACCAAACAAAAUGGUAUCUCCCACUUGGACUACUGCAAUGUGCUCUAUAUGGGCCUACCUUUGACCAUCCAGCUCUCUUUGAAUUAAAAGAGGAACAAAUGAUCUUAAUGUGAAAGAUCUUUAGGCAGUGAAAUAGCAUAGAUCAACAUGAAGAAGGUGAGUUGUGUCACUAAUUUUUUUGGUGGCGCUCUUCACCUAAAUAGUUUUGUGCCUGCCCUCCUCAUUCAAGGAAUCCGGUGUUUUGUUUUUUCAUUAUAGUAAAAGUUAUAUUUUAUCUUAGUUACAUCAACAGUGCAUCCAGAAAUUAAAUAAUUAUCAGUGGAAUUUGGCCUUUAUGUUACAUUGUGAGUUUCCCAGAGGUUGCUAAUGGGGGUGAGUGAGAUGUUAGAUUAAAUGGACCCUUACUUGGAUCCAACAGGGCAGGUCUUAUGAUUUUAUGUUAAGUUGUUAUUCAGCUGAGCAACAUAGCUGCGCAAAACAUAGUUGGGAUAUAGAGUACUGUUGUUUUUAUCUAGGAUGUUUGAAAAGACUGAGAUGUAGUCCUUAAAUCCUAUACACAAGAAUAAGUAUCUUGAACAAUUUAUACGCUGAGCAAAUACCUUGCAGACUAGUUCUUUUUAUCUUCAUACAGAAUUAUAUUUAUGUAGCUCUAACAUAAUUUAAAAUACCUUUAAAAAACCUCUUUUAAUUGCAACAUUUUCAACAGUGGCCCAUCCGUCAUGGAAUAGUUGAAGACUGGGAUUUGAUGGAGAGGUUUAUGGAACAAGUAAUCUUUAAAUAUUUAAGGGCAGAACCUGAAGAUCAUUAUUUUCUAUUGGUGAGUACAGUCUAUCUUCUAUUUUUUAAGCGUUCACAACAUCCUUUCAGCACACAGUGGAGAAUAAAUUUUAACUUGCAAGAGAGUUGAGGCAGAAGUAGCAGCUUGAACACAUGCACGGUAGCAGUUACUGAUUAAAUGAGUUUUUCUUUUUGGAGUGUUAAAAGCCACAGAGCUUCUGAAUUUUGGAUGACUGCUUCAGUUUCUGUUUCUUUUAACUUGCACCAGCUCUCUCUAGAGCUGAAUAAUGGUGUCCUGGCAACUGCAUUUUACAUAAGUAUUUCUCCAGUGAUGCAACAGGGGUAUAUCUGGUGUUUGAGUAGAAUUAAGACUGCUAAAACAGCUGCUGUUGCUUAGAGACAAGCAUUAGUCAGUGACAUUUGGUUUCUUCAACUUUUUUCUGCUGGGAUUCUUAGAAAAUAGGCCUUGAGUGGCCUCGAACUCACAUUAGAACAUUUUUUAUUUUAACAAUGGGCCCAGGAUCUAUAUGGCCCUUAUGUCAUAUUUCAGAAUUGGAUGCAAAUUAGCUUGUUAAAUUUCUCUAUUUUUAUAUAAAAUGGUAAAUGGAAAAAUGAACACACAGGUACAUUAUUAUAACAGAAGUAUUGUUACAUUAAAGAUACUUUGCUUAAUGUAGUAUAGUCAACUCUAAGUAUAGGCAUAAGUCCUAGGCAUGAGACUUAUUAUCCAAAACAGCAAAUGAGAUGCUAAACCUGUAUUUUGACUAGAAAUGCCAGAUUAAUUUGUUCUUUGUGAAUUCCGAUAUGAAUUGGUCUAACUAACCUUUCCUUCCGGAAUCAGAAUGUAGAUUGAAACACAGUUAUUAUUUGGAUUUGUCAUGCUUCUGAAUUUGUGAUAUAGUUCAUGCUCAAACACAUUAAAUGUGUAUAGGAAUGGGUAUUUUAAGAUAAAGUAAGUUCUUCUGUUGUUGUUUUUCUACAAGUACAACUGAACUGUAAAAACUGAGCUGACUGGAUGAUUUUGCUUUACAGACUGAACCCCCUCUAAAUACUCCAGAAAACAGGGAAUAUACUGCAGAAAUCAUGUUUGAGUCCUUCAAUGUUCCCGGGCUUUACAUUGCUGUUCAGGUGAAACAUCAUUUAGUUUACAGUUGAGAUAAAUGUUUUAAGUAACGUUCCUUAAGAGGAGAAUAUGCAAGCUGUUGUGCAGAAAUUGGGAUUGGCACCAGAUUUGGAAUCUCUCAUGUGGACUCUGACCCAAAAAGUAAUUUCUGGUUUAAUCCUGCUAAAGGACCAGAACAAUUCACCUUGUUCUUGGGGCCAAACUGGAUGCCACAUUGCGAUAACCAUGUUUAGAAUUAAGUCUGUUGCCAAAUCUCUUUAUUUUUUGCAUGGUUGGAUUGGUGUGGAAGCUGAAUCUUACACCAUCUGAACUAUUCUGCCUCCUAGCUUUUUAUGCUGUUUUUCUCCCACGAAUGCUCUGGCAGACAUUAUUUACAGUCACAGAGAGUGGCUGCUUUUUAAAAGUGAUAUUUGGUGGGGAAAUAUGAGCAGGUUGAUUUCCCCACCAGCCAAUUCUAUGUUUUAAAUCAAUGCCCGCCUGUCCUGUUUGUCAGCUGGCACAAGGUUGUAAGCUGUUGCCAUCAUGUCUAAUUGUGAUCCCAAUUGUAUUGCAAAGAAAUACAUGAGCAAAUAACAACAUUCUGUAAUUACUCCACAAAAGGAGUACAAAAAACCGUGUUCACGCACUAGAAGAUAUGAUUAUGAACAGAAUGUCUUAACCCUUUGAAGAUACAUCUCUCUGUUUCUGUUGGCUCUUCGAAUUAGGACACUACACUUUUUUUAAAAAAAUAAUUUUUAUUAACCGACCAAUCAAAUCAAAUCAAAUCACAUCACAUAAAUUCCGAAUUACAAAGCCGAAUUUUAAAUUUUUGUUGGAGGUACCCAUAUUUCAAGUUCCGAAGGGGAUUCCAAUCAUCUUCUUGCUGCUGCAUUAAUGUCCACAAAUCUGUCCAAAUAAUGUUCACAAUUCUAUUCAGUCCUAUCUUGCUGUUUCCACAUCUCCUCUUGUUAUUUGCAUAUAUUUUUCUUUUUUCUUUGUGAUCUCUUCUGAUAAUCUCCUUAAGCAGGUAAACACAAAUUGUAAUCCUGUGUGAAUUUUUCCGUUCGUCCAAUAACCUUAUCGAGAUGGUUUCCAUGUAUCAUCACUUCCAUAAAUAAAAGCACUUUUUCCAUCAUUAAUCUUCGCAAAUCUGUCGCCUUCUUUUGUCCUCUGAGGAGAUUCAUCCGCUAUAUGAAAACAAAUGCAUUCCUCCUCCCAAACAUAAGUCUUUUGACAGAACUUGCCAAAAUGGCGACGCUGUUUUUUACUGCGUCAUCCCAAAGCUCUUGUUAUUGUCGGCCAUCUUCCAAUGCGCCCCUAGUUGCCCCCUCGAAUUAGGACACUACACUUGUGUGGAUUUCCUGAACUUGCAAUAAGGCUCUCUGUUAAAGCUAAGAGAUAUAAAUAAAUUUAUAAACAUCUAUUCUAAGCCAAAAAUGUCCCUUUGUGGACCUUAAAACAGAGGGUAAUAUUUAAAAUUCAUUAAGCAAAGUAUUCAUACCAGUGAAAAUUCAAUGUUAAACACAUAAAGUUGUUCUGAAAUUUUGUUUUGAAAAGCAGAUUAUGUAUUUCAUAAACAUACAUUGCCCCACAUUUAAUCUCUGAAUAGCACUUUCCUCAGGUUUCUUUUAAAAUACAACACAAAAGUCCAUAUGUGUAUGUAUAGCUGUUUAGAUUUAGAGCAGCGUUGCCUUCUUUCAAAGGGGAGACAACAGCAAAAUUGUCACAGGAAGAAUAGUUCUGUGUCUCAGUUUGAUCUAUGGAAUAAGAUGCACUUUGCCUCUUAAGAGAAAAGUCAGAUAAUGAUUCAGAGACUUCACCAUUCAGAUCUGCAUAUAUAGUUUACUGUAAAAGCUAAUCUUUUCAACCUACCGUACUUCCAGAAAACAGCUGUCGUCUUGUGUAGGCUUGUGAGGAUGUGGAUCCUUAACCUUUCUGUUUUGAGUGUCUACAUUAGUGUUUUAGUUCCUCCUCAUUAUGUUCUGUUGAAUGCACGGCUCUUCAUUGCACUCCUUAACUUUUAUUGGAGAUGCCUAAAUUCUUCUGCAGAAGAUCUGCAGCAAUAAUUUGACAUUUCUUUGCAAUAAACUGUUGAAUUUAAUAUAAUAUUAGCUUAAAGAAAAGCUUUUCAGAAACAUGAUAAUAUUUUACUACCCAUAAUAGAUAAAGCCCACAGUAAUUGAUUGAGUAUAUGGGAAAAUGGCUCCCUUGUCAGCUCCUGAGAAAGGGGUGCAAUUUCUAUGGGAAGCUCCUUUCAGAAGCCAGAUCUUCUGCUGUUGCCUUCAUGGUACAGAAAGGAGAUGUGCUGCAGUGAUUCCUAUGUUACAAGGUAAUGUGAGAAAGGGCCCUGAGUUUUUAGAUUGUUUAAAACUAGUGUGGCUUCAGCUAUAUAGUACCAGUUAGGUAGUUCCUAUAUAUAUAUCAAUGCAUAUUGAGAUUUCCCCAAAGCUUGAAUUACAGUAAAUUUCCAUUUUUCUGGUUAACUUUUGGGUGCUGCUGCAAUUAUAGAAAGUAAAGUCUACCAAUUUUUAAUACCAUUUUUAGGGUUUUUAUUUCCAGUUCCUUUGUUCUGUUUUCUUACUUCUUGUUUUCUUCUGCUGCAUGGUGCAAUGUAACUAUGUUAAAUGGUUUUUGCCUGAUGUGGCAAUCUUUGCUUGAAGACUAGGCCUUUAGGCUGGUUAUGAGGUACUAAAUCUCAAAUUCUUUCCUUGGAUAAGGCCGUCCUUGCCUUAGCUGCAUCUUGGACAUCAAGACAAGUAGGAGAGCGAACACUGACUGGAACGGUUAUAGACAGUGGGGAUGGUGUCACUCACGUCAUUCCUGUGGUAAGUACACAUAAAUAUGGGUGUGGUUUGUGGAACAACACUGCUUCUAAAACUAUCACUAUUAUGGGAAGGAUAGUCUUGGCAGCUCUGUUCAGCAUUUCCCCAGUGAACUAGGUGUUAUAUAUCACACAAGAUUGUGCUAAAAUUAGCAUUUAGGAACAUAUUCUUAUUUUUAUUUUGGAGACAGAAGUUAGAGAAAAUCUGCUUUUUUUUUGCUUUAGGUUUAUAAUUGAACUUUGUAGCUUGAUGAAAGUUUUUAAUAAUUAAAUCUGCAAUGCUCCCAGUAUAAUAUAUGAAGGUAUCCUUCAGCUAAAUCUGAAAAUUUUGUGGGGUUCGUUGCUUUUAAGGAAGACAUGGCGAUCUCUUUGGAAGUGAUGCUGCCACCCCCACAUUAAACAAAAAUCAUGUGGGCAGAAACUAAGCUUCCUGCCCUUCAUCCAGUGUAGAUUUACUUCCCUUAUUUUCUUCCUCCUCCUCCUCUGUCUUACAAGCUGAUGAAAGAGGAAGGCUAUACUGUACCAGACUGAUGAUCCCCUUAUAUAUCUCUGUCUACCAUUAUCUGUUUACACUAUGUUAAAGACACACACCGUGUGUGUGUGUGUGUGUGUGUGUGUGUGUGAGAGAGAGAGAGAGAGAGAGAGAGAGAGAGAGAGAGAGAUCUUCAGAAUUAUUUUAAGUUUGGAUCCUUUAGUUGCAGUAGUGAUAAAUAGCUACCAAAUUUCCCCUCUUUUUCCACAAAAAUAGAAGAGCUUUAAUACUUCCAGGAUUCAUUUCAUUAGGAAUCAGAGUGGAGAGAUUGCUUUGUGUUGUUGUAGAUGAUGCUUUAAUUAAGUGCUGGUAUAAGUUAUGGCAUGUAGAAAAUCCACCAUUAUCUGUUCUGUAAAGGGAAAUAUCCAUGCAACAGAAAGUGCGCGAUUUGAGAUGAUAGUAGAGAGAUGGAAACAUGGGACUUGCUUGCGAUAUGUCCUAUUCAAGUGUUUACAAAUAUGUCUCUAAAAUUUGUAUUUGGGAUUCAGUUCAUUGAAGGAUUUUAUUAUUAUUAUUAUUUACUUUCAGGCUGAAGGUUAUGUGAUUGGCAGCUGUAUCAAACAUAUUCCAAUUGCAGGACGAGAUAUAACUUACUUUAUUCAACAAUUGCUAAGAGAACGAGAAGUAGGAAUCCCUCCUGAACAAUCAUUGGAAACUGCUAAAGCGGUGAAGGUAAUGUAUAUUUUAAAAAGCAAAUAGAUACUUAACGAUUGGCUCAGUAAGACUCAAAAACUGACACAGCAUAUAUAUGUUCUUUGCCACUACUGGUAUUAACUUUAACAAUUCAGAUCAGGUGACAUAUAUUGGAAAUCAAGAUGCUAUCUUGGUGGUAACAAAUUGCCAGUAAUCUAGUUAAUUCUCUGGGCUAGGAGGGUAUUCUAAUACUAAAAAGUACUUAGUUUUGCAUAAUGAAAAGUCAUAAUUACUUUUCUUGAGACUUUUCAUGAUUUUUUUUUUUUAGCAGCUCUAUUAUUACUGACGGAUUUUAAAUUCUAAAGUGUAUGAUGGUAUGGUAUGUAACCAUGGCAAUAGUACAUUUGAGCAUGCAUUUUCCGGAGUUAGCAUCUCCCAACUAAAAAACUCCCACCUAAGAUAGUUUAGGCUGUCAGGUCUCAAGAAUUUUUGCCUAGUGGUGCAUAGAAUUGUGUCUAGCGCUGAGUGCUAAUUAUCUUAAAUGUAUGCAGUUAAUACUAACUGAACAAUUCUCUGGUGUUUUCAUUUGUUUUUGUUUUUUUAAAGGAAGUUUCAUUCCUGUUCCAUUUAAACUGAUCAAAUAUAAAACCUUAGUAGAUUUUUGGAGAUUUCUUUUGUAACUGUCUGCAUCUGAUUUCCAGGAACGCUUUAGUUAUGUCUGCCCUGAUUUAGUAAAAGAAUUUAACAAGUAUGACGCAGAUGGUACCAAGUGGAUCAAACAAUAUACUGGAAUCAAUGCAAUCUCAAAGAAAGAAUUUACCAUUGAUGUUGGCUAUGAGAGAUUCUUGGGGCCAGAGAUCUUCUUUCAUCCUGAGGUAAACUGGUGCAGAUCUUCAUAACGCACACAGAAAUACACUUUUAGUUUUAUCUUCUCAGAAGUAAAUACUGUUGUGCUUGAAUGAGUCUUGUUCCCUUGUAAGUGUGACUUAUGAUUGCAGCUUUCAUUCCAUAAUGUAGGGCAGGUAGUGACUUUCAAAGUUGGAAUUAAAAGCCAGCGUACUUCCACCCCCCCUUUUAAAAUAACCUUAGAACCCAAUUUCUUGGUGCCGAGUUAAUUAUGUUGGCUUUAAUGUUCAACUGAAUCUGUUUUUAACUUUUGAGGAUUGUGAAGCUUUAAGGCAUUUCCCCCAGCUUCUUAAAUGAUACUCAGCUGAAGAAGAAUCUGAGGGUGGAGGUGGGAGGGGAGAUCUAGCUGUUAUCACUAAAAGCCACACAACAUGCUUUGUAUAAUAGUUUCUCUCUUCCCACUUCAAAUUUGAAACCACCAAUCUGGCUUCUGUGGUGAGCUGAGGGAACAGGAAUAAAUAUUUCUUCCAGCUGAUUCCCAUUUUUUCAUGCUGAAUAAAACUGUUUGAUUCAGUGCUUAGCAUCUGAGAUGUGUAGGCGGUCUCCAAAGUGUUCAGUACAAUGCAACAGCAGGGAGAAUGGAAAGGGUAAAGGGAUUGGAAGGCUUACAUUUUCCUGAAUUCCUGUUCUUCAGUAUCUGUAUAUGGUUGUACUUGGUUUUUUACCCUUUCAUUUUUUUUAUUAGUUUCAAAUGAUCUUUAUUAUUAUAACCCAGGACCUUUGAGAAUAAGUGGUACUUUACAGAGGCACAUAAGCAGGCAGAAGCUGCCUCAAAUUUACAGUGUAAAAUAGCCAUUGGGGAAGACUGUAGAGGCUGGUGAGGGAGAGACGAGAACAAAGAUUAUUUUUCAGAGUAAAUACUGAGUCUAUUUUUUGAAUUAGAAUUUACCUUCAAUUAAACUAGUGCUUCUUUUUCCAUAGUGUUUCUCACAUUGUUGUGUCUUAGUUUUUUCCAUCUUGCUAAAUUCAUCUCAUCUAGCUUCCUUAAUGCUUUCUUUAGAAAUCUGCAAUAAUCUACACUUGCCUCUAAUAUGUUAAAGAGAAGGCUGAUGCUUCAGUAUUAUGUAUGGAAAACGAAACCUGUUUGUAUUUGUUUUUUUAAAUGCUGCAUUAAGCAAUAAAAUUACUUGUAACCUAAUCAGUUCUUUGCUGAAACAUACUUCUGUUUUUAGUUUGCUAAUCCAGACUUCACACAGCCUAUCUCAGAAGUAGUAGACGAGGUAAUUCAGAACUGUCCCAUUGAUGUUAGACGUCCGCUAUAUAAGGUUAGUAAAGCUAAAUAAUGUUUGUGUGUAUGUGUGAGAAAGAGAGAGAGAGGUUUUUUCAGAAUAUAUCUCUGCCUACUUGCUAAAGAGAUCUCAAUUCUUCCGUUGAAAGCACAAUAAUGGGCUAUGUUACAAGUGUAAAAAGCUGCCGUAUGCAGUCUGACAAGUGACCCACCUAGCUUAGGGUCUACACUGACUGGUAGUGGCUUUCCAGGGUUUGGAGCAGGGUGGUCCAAAUUUUCAUACCAAGUGGGCCUUGGGACACGGCUGGUGCUGUGGCCUAAACUACUGAGCCUCUUGGGCUUGCCGAUCAAAAGGUCGUGGUUCGAAUCCCCAUGACGGGGUAAGCUCCUGUUGCUCGGUCCCUGCUCCUGCCAACCUAGCAGUUCGAAAGCACGUCAGUGCAAGUAGAUAAAUAGGUACUGCUGCAGCGGGAAGGUAAACGGCGUUUCUGUGCGCUCUGGUUUGCAUCACAGUGUUCUUCUGCACCAGAAGCAGUUUAGCCAUGCUGGCCAGAUGACCUGGAAAGCUCUCUGUGGACAAACACCAGCUCCCUUGGCCUGAAAGCGAGAUGAGCGGUGCAACCCCAUAGUUGCCUUUGACUGGACUUAACCGUCCAGUGGUCCUUUACUUUACCUUUUACCUUACCAAGUGGGCCACAAUAAUACUUAGACAUGGAACCCCCAGGCUGCACACUGCCAUGUCACACAGGGGUUGGGGAACAAGGCUAAAAGUUGGUGCCCCCUCCCCAGUCCUCAUGCUUCCUUUCCAAAGCUUUACCAGAAGGUGCCAAGGACUGAACUUAGACCCCUUUGUGUGCUAAGUAUGUGCACAUUUAUCCGUGAUUAGCCCUUCACUAAUGUACAUGUGGAUAUUGUAAAUAAUGUAAUUCACAGAAUGAAAUAUAUUGUUAAACUAUAACUAGAAACAAAAUGUGAAAGGGUUAGGUUGUAUCCCCUGCUGCUGUUCCACUAUUAUAAGCAAACUUCUGCUUGUGCAACAGAACUUCUCCUUCCCCUCUUACUCUCUGGUUGGAAGACCCUCUGGAGGAGGUUUUGAGGGGGAGAAGAGUGGAAUGAAUUUUGGCAUGAUCAUUUAGGAACGUUUGUUGUGUUGCAUAGCUUUUAAAAUUGGGCUGACUCAGAACAAACUUAUUAAACAAGUUAUUUAAUAAAUUUCUAGAUGAAAGUGCACUUUAAGUAUCUAAACAUCUGUAGUAAUUUGUAAUCUAGCCUUUCUUUCAUGGGGUGCUCAGCUUAACACUGAUUGUAAAGCCAUAAAAUUCUCAGGCUAUCUGUAAAAUUCCUAUUUGUGAAAUAAUUUGUCUCAAUCUCUUAAAUUGAGCAUGUAUGGCUCAAGCAUGGCCCUGUUCCUUGCUGUGACUGUUUUGCAGUCAUUACAGCUGCCUUCACUCCUUAUUUUCAGAAACUGAUUCCUAACAUCCAGUGUUGUUAAGUAAUACAACUUUUGUGUGUACAAUUUAGAAUAUUGUCCUCUCUGGAGGCUCCACAAUGUUCAGGGACUUUGGUCGCCGUUUACAACGAGACUUGAAAAGAACUGUUGAUGCCAGACUGAAACUCAGCGAGGAACUGAGUGGUGGCAGACUGAAGGUUUGUUUCUUUAGUUAAGACGUUUCACUUGUAUGUGUAGUUCGUUGUGCUAGUUUACGUCACAUCUCUAAAUGGAAUCCAAUAAGAAAGCCAUUAAAUUGUGUCAUCCUCAUUUUGAACUGUAUCAAUCUCCUCAUCUUUAAUUACCAUAUAUACUCGAGUAUAAAGCCAACUUUUUCAGCACAUUUUUAUGCUGAAAAAGCCCCCCUUGGCUUAUACUUGAGUGAAGCGCGCGGUGGCGGCGGAGGGACGAGCGGCCCGAAAGGAGCCCUUUUGGGCUGCUUGUUCUUCUUCCGCUGCUGCCGCCACCACCAGGUUUGUGGUGUGGUGAACCUGCUUAUACUCGAGUCAAUAAGUAUUUCCAGUUUUUUGUGCUAAAAUUAGGUGCCUCGGCUUAUACAGUGGUACCUCGGGUUACAUACGCUUCAGGUUACAGACUCGGCUAACCCAGAAAUAGUACCUCGGGUUAAGAACUUUGCUUCAGGGUGAGAACAGAAAUCGUGUGGUGCUGGCAGCAGCGGGAGGCCCCAUUAGCUAAAGUGGUGCUUCAGCUUAAGAACAGUUUCAGGUUAAGAACAGACCUCCGGAACGAAUUAAGUACUUAACCUGAGGUGCCACUGUAUUUGGGUCGGCUUAUACUCUAGUAUAUACGGUACUUUCCACAUUUGUGAAGGUUUCAUUUUGAUGGCUACAGGCAUUUAUCCUGUCCGUGAUCUUGAAAACUAGUAGUGGUUUUGGAGAUGCAGCUGUUGCCACUUUUGUGGAGAAUGGAUACUCCUGUUUCAAUGUUUAUUGCAGCAGAUGGAUAACAAAUAGAAUUUGCCAGUUUCCUCAGAAAAAUAAUAAAAAGCAUUUAUUUCAAGUCUGCUGGCAACAUGAGGCUUAUUAAAUUAUAGAACUGCUUUCAGUACUGUGUAUUGUUUUUGGUUGGUGAAUAAGUGCUUAUAUUGGAAACUACCUUUUGUUACAUAAGAAGAGCCUGCAAGAUCAGGCCCGCGGCCCAACUGGUUCAGCAUCCUGUUCUCACAGUGGCCAACCAGCCUGAAAGCAGGAUCUGAGUGCUUUACUGGCCUGACCACUUCAACUUUACUGUCCUGUACUUUCCCUCUGGCACAACAGAUUGGAAAUGGCAAGAGGCAUGUUAUAGUGGCUUCUGUGAGAGAAGGGAGAAAUAUAUUGAGGUGUUUUUUAUGACUUUAGUACCUGGGGAAUAAGUGAUUUCUAGAUUCUGCCUGUUUUCAACCAUGUAAACCCACAAGAAGUAUCUUGUGGCAUUUUUGGGAGAAAGGGAAAAGUUCACACUUGUAAUAUAGAGAACGUUAAUGGCUGGCAGUGAUUUCCCAGGGUUUCAGGUAGAGGUUUUUCUUACACGUAUGACCCAAUCAUUUUAGAUAAAAAUAUUGGGGCUGGGACAUGGGACCUUCUGCAUGCAAAGUCAUGUGCUCUUCCACUGUGCUGAGAAAACAUAUAUAUCUUGAAACUUAUUCAGAUUAGUGCAUUUGAGAGAAUUUGAUUAAAAACUGUUUUGCCUGACAGUUAAAUAUUCUUAAAACUGGGGUUUUGCUACAGCCAGUGAAAAAAAAAAGAAGUGUCUGUAAUGGCAUUUUAUUUAAAACAGUACUCUGUACUGAUUUUAUUUUCUCUUGUAGCCCAAACCCAUUGAUGUACAAGUUAUCACACACCAUAUGCAAAGAUAUGCUGUCUGGUUUGGAGGAUCAAUGUUGGCUUCCACAGUAAGUUGACAAAAGGAAAAAGAAAUCUGAAGAGAACUUUUCUCACAUAUAUUUUGACCUGUAUUCACUGUCACUGUUUUCCACUUUAUCCAUGGUAUAUGUUUAUAGGACAAGCCCCGUCAUGGUGCUUUAAAAAGUGCUCCUAUUUUUUUUGGGGGGGGGGGAUACUGCCUGGAACCUUUUAUAAAUAGACUUUCCAAAAUAUUUGUAACUUAUGAGGAGCUUCCUUGAAAAAUGUAAAUGCAUGGGGGAAGAACUUUUCACACUGUCUAUUGUUUAUCUGUUCCUAAUUUUUUUCAGAAACAUCUUUUUAAGGCAGUGUUGUCUUGUGUUACAUAAGCUAUAAUACAGGCACGAAACUGAGACAGGUGCUUUAAUAACAAGUUUUAAUAUAUUGCAAGUGUAACCUAAAAGUGACAAAAAUAUAUUUUUAGUGAAAAUAUUCCCUUUUAUCUUCUUUUCCCCCCAGCCUGAGUUCUACCAAGUAUGCCACACCAAAAAAGAUUAUGAAGAAAUUGGUCCUAGCAUCUGUCGUCACAACCCAGUUUUUGGAGUUAUGUCUUAAAUCCGACCUGCCAUGAGUUGGAUCUAGGGAGGCUGGGAGAUGGAGGGUCUUUCUCAAUACAUGUUUGUCUGGAUGGCCGGUAUUAAGAUAACAAAACAUGACUUGAAAAUAAGAAAAAAAAAGACCAAACACAAUUAAACAGGAAUAUUUUAAUAAGUGUCUCAACAUGCAGAUGUAGUGGGAAGCCAAAAUGAUUCCAAGUGUUUUUUUUCCUUUCGAUUGAAUAUUUGAUCCUGUGCGUAAACAAAACAAAAGAAGUGGGUUUUUGUUCUUUCUGUGCCCUGAUAUUUUGUAUAUUAAUGGAAUAUCCAAGAUUUGAUGGGAUUUGAUGGUGUGUAGAUAGUCAGCUCUAUAAUUCUUCAAUUGUACUCUUACACGUGUACAAUGAGAGAGCUUGUUUAUAUUUCAUACUUUUUUAUACGUUGAGAAAAAUAUCAGUGAAUGAAAGAAAUGUAAUAUUUGACAAGAGAAAUACCAGUGACCAAUUUGAGAUGAAUAAAAAUAAUAAUAAUGCCCACAUGAAGCUUAAUCAUGUGAAUCUCUAGUAACUUCAAAUUAUGACCAAUCUUAAAACUUGGGUUCCACACACAAUGCAACUUGGCAAGUGCUUAUGGAACUAAGGAGCUAGAAUCUUGGAUUAACCGAUGCCUGCUAGUGCUUUCUGAUUACUCGGUGCAUUUUCAUUCUAUUUCUUGCUUUGGGGGCGGGGGGAAGUAAAGACAAGACUGUUGGACCAGUAUUGCAGUUCUGUAGUGUCAUUUCUAAUUACAACCAAAUAUUCAAGUUAUCAAAAUAGGUGUAUUCCACCAUUCCAAUAAAGACACAAAAAUUCUUUUUAAUGUUUGUCUGAGGCCUUUCAGUCUCAUUGCUUGAUCGUUUGAAGGUCUCUCUCUCUCUCUAGUUUGCCAUGGCAGUUAUUAAAUAAUUUUAAGGAGACAAAAAUGGAACAGGUAUUGUGACACAAAUAUGAAAGUGGUGCAUGUGUCUGUGAUUUUAGUUCAACAGCAUACAGAAGUGCAUAUGCAAUUUAUAAAAAUUUAGCUUUCAUUAACAUUUUCUCAUUAUGUUUUGGUAAAUAAUGCUGCUGUAUUUUGGGGGUAUUGUUGAUUUGCUACUGCAGGAUCCAGGGGGUGAAUUAUAUGGCUUCUGUAUAUACUGUUAUCUAACAAGGAGCUGGUAUGACAUGGCUGACUAUACAAAUAUUUAGAGCAAAAUACGUUGCCCUUUGUGGAGCUGCUGAUCAGUGUAUUGCCAAUUUAGUUUUAGCCCCGCUCAUUCACCUUUUGAUCAACUUGAGGCCAUGGGUCCUGAGUGAGAAGGGAGAUUGAAAAAUUGGAAUGUUCCCAAAAAAUUAAAUUGGAUUUUUAAAGAGUUUUGAAAUUUCUGUUAGUGUGUGUUGGAUCCGGGCUUCACAGAGCCUGAUUUCUGCUGAUGAGCCAGACACUUCAUGGCAGGUGGGGAAGGCAAAUUUCAUUAGUAUAACUUUUCAUUUGCAACACCUGUGUUCCCUGAAAAGCUGUUCUGCAUAGACAGGAGACCUCCUGCAACAGCAUGGGAGGUGGUUCUGGGAGUUGCAGAGGAAGGUGGAAUAUAUGAAAAUCACACAUGCCCUUCCUGCAGUAUGAGUCUCCAUUGGAUAUAUGGGCUGUGGUGUGAGAGAGAAUCACCAUAAAUCAGGUGAAGGAUACUUUGCACAAGCAGAUCUCCCUUCUCAGGUGAUUUCCAUUUGUCCCACUGCCACCUCAUACAACAUACUCCACACUGUUCAGAGGGCCCCAGACUCACUGGAUAGGCUUUCCAAGAGCCACAGCGACUGUAGAGGGAAAGAAGUCCAGGGAGAAAUGUGAAAUGCCUUCUGCUCAGGUAACUACCGAAUAUAAUCUCUACUAAAGACAGGUGCAAUGAACUACUUGAAUAACAUUUCUGCAUAUGUUCUCGAAAGCUAUUCCAUUGGUUUGAACACUUUUAUUGUAUUUUCAAGUCUACAAACGAAGAUGUGUGGAUUUCUUCUACUGAAAUGUAGUUUAAUGAAUAAUGAUGUAAGUAUCCUAUGUGUUACAUACCAGUAGUAAAGGAUGACAGUGGAAUCAGCUUUGCAAAACAAUAAGAUAAUUUUACCACUAAUAAAUUGUUGCAUACAGAUGCUCAAUAUAAGAUUAUUCAUAAUGCAAACUAUUUAAACAACCAGGAUAUCAAAUUGAUUCCUCAGUAACGGUUGUUUCUUGCUUUCCCCAAGAAAGCUGUCAGCUAAGUGGAAACUCUGAACAAUUUUUUAGGCAGAGUCCCUAAACCUCAGCAUCUAAAGAGUUAGCCGUUGGCCUUCAUGCUUGUAGACCAGCACCUUGAUCUCUUCUGUCAUUUUGUGUAUAAAAAAUACUCAACCUUAAUGUAUUUUAUGUGAAUUUGCCAUAUUUGCAUGCCCCCUGGGGCAGGAACACUUUUAAAAAAUCGUGGCAAUGAUCUGAAAACUUAAUAAGGUACAACUAGAAAGGAAAGUUCUGCCAUGGCUGUACUGUACUGAAUCUUUGCUAAUAAGUUGUUCCUUAAGGGUGAUAUCUAAGUCAUAUUCAGACUCAUUGAAAUCAGUGGGCUUAAGUUAUUUUGUGUAUGACUAAUGUUGACUAUCACCCAACAUUAUGCUAGUUUUCUGUUAAUCCUGCAGUGUUUUGUUUUUUUAAAAAAACCCACAAGAAGUGGAAUUAUUAACUACAGACUUUUUGUUAUGAAAGGGUAUUGACCCACAAGAAAAACAUCAGUCAAGGACUGUUGUCUCUGGCUGGGUGAAGUCAAAUUCAAAAGCAUGUGGAGUUUGCAGCAUUGCACAGUUGCUUUGUAGUAUUUAUUUUUGCCCCACCCCAUCUCUGUGUAUGUACCAACCCUUCUCUUGCUCAUGCUCUGAGUCACCCCCUUUCUCAACACUGCGUUAAAUUAGGCUGAGAGUAGUACUGUAGGUUCCUAGCCAGGAGCUAAACUGUCAGUGGCUAUAUUGCCUAGUUAGAAGCCCAUGGGAAGCUUGAAUAUUUCCAUUGAAAACAAAACAAAAAACUGAUUUCCCAGUCCAGUGCCUUAAUCAAAUAUCAAUAUUGUGCAGUAUUCAGUUAUAAAAAAUGUGUGUACCUAAAUUAUGAAGCUCAAUUGUUUUAAUACAUUUGAUCAUUUGGGCUCUGACUAUCUCACAACUGUAGUGGAUAUGGAAGCAGAGUUUCAGGUGCUAGGUAAUUGCUAGGAAUUGGUAUAGGAGAACAAAUGUGAUGGUCCGCGUGCCUGUUGUGGUGCAAGAGAACCCCAAGCUUAAGUGAUACAGUGAUUUAACUAAAUCCUUGUAUGGGAAACUCGUCAUUUUCCUAUACUAGGAAGGGAAGGAAUCGUGUAGGUUUACACAUGAUUCGAAAGAGAUUGUUGUGUAUGUAUAAAAAGGCAUCUAAUUUUUAUUAAAUAAUAUAUUAUUAUUUAAUUACCUGCCCUUCAUGCUAAGGUCCCAGGGUAGGGAUUACAACAUUCAAACACAAUAGUAAAAACAAAUUACAAUCACAAGAAUAAAGUGGGUCCUAAAAAUAUACAUCUAAAGUGUCAAAAGUCAGGGUGAAGAGAUGCAUCUUCAUUGGAAGCUGUAUAAUGAAGGUGUUUGAUGCAACACAGGUGCACACAUGUGUGUGUGAGAAAGCGCACAUUCUAUAUGCUUCCUUAAUAUUUAUAUAUGACAUAAUCUCAAACAUUCAGGUCUUGUGGUUAUCUGGGACAUAUCUGCAUUCUUAUGGACAAGUCCUAACAGUGUGUGGCUGUCUGUGGCAACUUCAGCAAAACUGUUAGUGCAACUUCAGUCUUCCCUGCUUAAGAAAGUGAAUAACACAUCAUACAAUUGUCAUAGAGCAUCAUAUGAUGAUGACAGUAGGUGGGGUUAUAGAAUACGGCAGAUAAGAUCAGCACAGGCUGCCCAUACAAUCAAAGGUAUAUAUUGUUAUUAGAGGGUUUUAUUAUGCUGAAAGGAAUAGCCCUUAUGAAGAUCUGUCUCUGUUUAGUUGCACUUGUGUAUUCCAAAUAAAUGCAGACAAGAUUUGGAUCCUACUGACCAAACCUGUCACUUAAAGCUUAACUGGUUGUGUGUUGCAGAGGGUAGCUGGUACUUUAUUAAUCGGCUUUUGUUUCCUGAGGCAAAUCAAAUUCCAUUGGUUUUUGCUUAUAUAGAGUUUUUCUAUAAUACUGACAUGUCCUAUUAGUAAGGUCUGUGAAGAACAGUGAUUACACCUGAACCAAGUUUCUGUGCUAGAACAUCAAAGUCUGCAAAAAAUACCUAAUCCAAAACUAUUCUUUGUUUCCUUAACUCUGUUAAUUAAAUUAGUGGGCAUAAAGAUCUGCCAUAUCACAAUGGUACAAAUAUGCUGCUAUGUAAUAAAAUCUUGCUGCUCUCUGCUACAGGUAAUCUUAACAUUCAUUUUGUUGUUAAUUUAAUGGCUGUUUGAGCAGUGAACAAAAACUCACACGUGACCAAAUCAAACACUGUAAAAAGCACCUAUGAUACAGUAAUUAACAGUACAUUAGAAACUUGAUGUGGCUCAAUAGACUUCUUUGUAGGUCCUUAGCCACUGUCAGUGUUUCCAAGGAUACUAGAUAAUCACAGGUGUUAGAAAAACAUUGUUUCAAGUCCCUACUGCUUCCGCUGAAAGUUUUAAUUACCUAGUGGUAUUUUAACAAUCUCUAUUUUCUUCUCCUCUCUACUUUAGGAAUACUGACUUUUCCAUUGUCUAUAAAGAAAAAGGUUAUGUUCAUACUAGAACAUUGCACACUGCUAUCUUAUCUGUACAUAUUUUGUAAUAUCUGCUGUGACUUUACAUCCCAGCUGAAACUAGAAAAUCUUGUCUGCAAUUUUUAACCUCCUUCUAGCUUGAGGCCCGGUAAAUGCAAAACUCUUGGCAAUCUCAGUGAAGUUGUCUGUGCUUGUAGGCGAGAUUGGUUCAUCAUGUUUCUCCUGAACAUCCAUAUCUUCAGAUCUAUUAAAUACCACUCCUUAUGUCAAUAGUGAGACCAUCUGAUUGUGUGAUGCCACUUUUGGCUGACAUUUUAGCUGGUAUCCAAAAAAGAAAAUUGAUAAGUCUUCCGUGUCUAAAAGGGCUUGGCAUUCAAAGAAGGAUACUGAAAUGAUGCUUCAAUAAUAAGCCUGAAAUAUUUUACAAACUAUUGGCAUUCACAUUCUGUUAUACAUCAUGUAGCCCCUACCAGAGGUACUGUGUGGUAGCUUAAGGGUUUGGUUUUUCUCAACAUGGAUUUCAUAGUAGUAGGUGUACAUGCCCUGUCUCCCACCUCAUUCUGUACAUCUGGGGUGGGGAAUCUCCAGAUGUUGGACACCAACUCCCAUCAGCCGCUGCCAUCAUGGCCAAUGGUCAAAGAAGAUGGGAGUUGUCAUCCAGCAACAUCUAGAGGCCCAACAGGUACUUUGUCCUUGCAAUGCAUGGUUGGAGUAGAAUGCUAAGACACUUGCCUCCACACUGCAUGUACGGUCUACAGGCUGGCUCAAUGUGAGAACCCUCUCUUGACUUUCAACUCCAUUUUCUCUUUUUCAGUUGCAUUUCUCUAAAGCUAUCAAACUAACUUGUUGUUUAAUGUCUUGUGCAAAGCUCUCUUCUAAUUUUUGGAAGGAAUAUCUAAGCCUAUACUUACCUGUAUGACACUAUAAAAAGUACAAUGUAAGGUGUGGGAAUCCAAGCCAGUAAGACCUGAGGUUUGUGUGUAGCCUUGUUUUGUCUGCUAAAACACUUAGGAAAUAAUGAUCUGGCUAUGUCACUGGUGCGUCUUCUGCAGGACAGGUUUCAAAUACUUGUUAUUCGUACCCUUGGAUGUGUAAAGUGGCUUAUCGUGGAUUACCUUGUUCAUUAAAAGAGCACUCCUUUCCU